AUGAAGAAGAGGCUCGAGGAGGCAACUCCCUCUCGCUCUACGAGUCUCAGCAACUCCAGCAACCUGGCUGAUCGAAUUGCCCCGAUUCCGGCGACCAACGUCGCCGAAAAACAACCGACCCGACCCAUUUUCAAAGAGCAGAAAAGGAAAAGACAUGAGUCUCCUCCCUCCACGUCUUCUUCGUCCAAUUCUUCGUCGGAUGGAGACUUCAAUCCUCCGCCAGCACCAGCUGACUCUGAGGCACCAGCCUUCUCUGGGUCCGAGGGGGAAGACGAUGAUGAGAUACCAUUUCUGGCUCACAACGAACAUCUCUCCCCUGAGGCUUUUACCCCCCUUUCUUCGAAAAUUCAAAAAAUCGCUAUCAGAUACAAAUCAAAUAUUAAAAAGUACAUCUCUCUGUUCAAUUCCUGCGGUAACCGGCCGGCCAAUUGGCACAACAACCUCACCAAAGACCUACUGGAAUAUAAUUUCGUUGACCUACGAAAAUUAUACGGAGAGGUCUCGUCCAACGGGCCGUCGGAAUCAUUUCUCAAAGUCAAUGACGUCGGGAAGCUCAAAAGCAUCGACGGUGCUCCUCCCAAAGAGAUCACAAACAGUGACCACUGGAAGGAUCUCAUGGCCGUGGCACGCCAUGCUUACAUCGCGGCAUUCCCCCCCGCUGCAGUAUCUAUCAAAAAGUACUUUGACUACAUCUUUGGUCUCCCUGGCCUUUUUCAAGCAAAGGUCAAUUGGGAAGACGUCCGUGACUUCGACGUCGAAAUGCGCAAGGAGUUCUCCUCUCGGCCAUGGCUGGUAUGGGGUGACUAUACCCAUGAAAGCCUCAGGGGCAUCAACAAUCGGGUGCUCUACAGCGCAGCCAGCAGACUUUCACGAACCGCCCGAGCAGCUAUACCAACACCUCUACCACCACGGGCCGAAACUCAAUCAACUCCUUAUACGACCAAAGCACCUCGCCCAGCUCAACCAAAAAAGCCCAGAGGUCGCCGCAACAAACCCAACUACACCGUCAAACCAGCUAAGGGCACGAUGAGUGCGACAGAAUACACAAUCUGUGCAACAAAGUUGGAUGCGAUGGCACUCAUCAAGGAGGCGUCGCUCACAAAUGAGCCUAACAGUCGUCGAUUUCUUCGAGGACUAGAAAUCGACGCGUUAUCUGAGGGCUACUCAGCCUCAGUCGAAUCCUCUCUCCACGCGGAGCCUCUUCCCGCAGCUCCUCCCAUAGAAUCUGAUCCGUUAGCCGCUUACGCUAUCAAACGAAGACCCGACAUUUUCAAAAUCACCUGUCCAAUAAACAUCAAAAAUUUCUCCCUUCUACUCAAAAAUCACCCCAACAGACCUUUCGUCGACUCAAUUGUGCUCGGGUUGUCGGAGGGUUUCUGGCCUCUCUCAGCCAAACCCGGAAAAAACCCUGCAACAGGCCAGGGACAAAGAGCUCAAAGCAGGAAGAUAUUCCCCCCCAUUCUACACUCUCUUGCCGGGCAUGAAGGUUUCGCCUCUCUGCCUGGCAACCAACCCAAACUCGGGCAAAGUACGGACAUGUACAAAUAUGUCAUUUGGCCGACCAUCUCCCAACGACCUGAUUAA